UCAGCGGAACAACAGAGGGGAAGCUGCUUUUUUUUUUUUUUUGUACUGCGUAGUCUCUCAGACUAAACAAGAUCCAGCAACUGAAAGAAAACAAGAGUUAAGGAAGUCAGGAUUAAAGGAAACAAAUCUCAGUGUAGCUUAAGGCUCCUGAGAAAACUUGAUUGGAGAAGAAAACAUCCACCUUUCUCCACCCGUGUCUGUCAGCAGAGAAAACGCUUCGGAGUGACUCGUGGGACCGGUCAUGCUGCCAGUGUGAGCUUUCUGGGGUGUCGAUGUUCCCCAAGAUGGCAGUUUUAGCCGAUGUAAAGCCAGGAACCAGACAGGAUCUGCGUGAAGGAAGGCUUUCUUGGCCAAUUUUCCUGCUCACACUUGCUGCUGUCGCCUCCUCCUGUCUGUCGGCUCUCUCCUUGUACCAGUUAGUGGAUCUGAGAGCUGAAGUAGAGGGGCUCAAAUCAGACAUCAGCCGCAGGACAGAAGAGGGGCAAAAGGUCAGCCACAGAGGUCAGACUGAAAACAUCCAUGGAAGGGAAAAUAUCCAAGGGUCUCAACGUGAUUUCAAUCAAAUAAGAAAAAGAAGAACAAUACAGGAAGCAGAAAUGGAAGGUUCUCAGUCCUGCCUGCAUCUUUUGGCAAACAAUAGCAGAAAACCCUUCGGGAAAGAACUUUCUUCAGGCGUGUACACAGGUGUCCCCUGGCAAGCUGGGCUGAAGAGAGGCUCAGCCCUGGAGGCAGAGGGUGACCGCAUCGCAGUCAGGGAAGCUGGUUUCUACUUUGUCUACAGUCAGUCAUUCUGGUUUGCACAGGUCUACUACAUGGACAGCACCUUUACAAUGGGCCAUGUAGUGAUACGGCGGAAGACGCAGGUUGUGGGAAACGAGGAUCAAGAUGUGCAUUUGUUCCGCUGCAUCCAAAGCAUGAACCCUGAUUAUGCUUUCAACACCUGCUACACGGGAGGUGUUGUAAAACUGGAGAAGGGAGACACCUUGGAGCUUCUGAUCCCACGGUCCCUGGCCAACAUUUCACUGGAAGGAGAUUCUACCUUUCUGGGUGCUUUAAAGCUUGCCUAAUGUGUAUCAUCCUGUACCGCAAAUGAACAAUGACGGUGGAACAAGCCGCCAUGUAGUUGGAGAAGAAGGAGAAGUGUAGCACAGCAGUUAUGGUAACUUCCAUUCGAGCAAAAAAACAGAAAACAGCCACUUCUUUAUUGGCCGAAGAUUAUUUAGCAUGUUUCCUAUGUCGUACAGUCUGCUCUAAUAUGAAACAGGCAAUGUGCUGAGGCUUCAAAAUGUAUUUACAUCACUGUUCAAGUCAAACAUACAGAAUUAAUGUUGUUUUCCUCAUAUAAUCCCGCACAUAGCAAGCAAAACUUGUAAGACUUAUUUUUCAGCUCACUUUUUAGGCAUUGAAACAUUCAUAGCAUUAUCUGACACUUUAAGCAAUCUUACCGUGCGCCAAAUCAUCUUCUGUCUUAUUUUUAAAAAUGCAGAUUUAUCAUUGUGAUGGUCUCAUUUAAACAAAUCGUUACAUAUUUAGCUGAUGUAAAAGGUUUGACGUAAUAAAAUGCAAACAUGUGCAAAUGAUAA